UCUACGCCGUUGCCCUUACGCAGGCUAAGUGUGUCAGUAUUAAAACAAAAAAAAAGACUAAGUGUUUACUGUUCUAUACGGGUUCGUACGUUUUGUUGCCGUUACGUUUUGUUGUUCGAUGGUUAUCAUCCGCUCUUGGAUCUGCAGCGCAGCAAAGGUUGUAGAGUUACUGCCACAAUACAACCGCCAGCCAGCGAAGAGCUGGUGCCGUCAGCAUUUACGUAUCGGUGAAAGUGACCAGGAGGUGUGCAGCAAAUAGUACUCCCCCUGCGCAUCCAUACACAUUCCAGCGCGAUAAGUCGCAGUAGGCCCUAGAAUUAAAGCAUCGCAGUAACAAUACGCCCCACAAGCAAGCACUCGGAAAAGCGGAACGGUCGUCUCACGGUCUGGCUGACCGCGAAACGUCCACUUAAUGCGCUUUUCGUUUCGUCCGGUUUCGCAUAACAGUGGCGUAAUGCUCGAUUUCAGCUUUACGCUGUUUGUGUCCGUGCUGCUCGGGCUCGGUUUGAUGUGGCUCGCUGGGCGGUACUUCCUGAAGGAGGAUGUCGUUUACAUACCGGACAACUGUCGACGCCAUGCGUGGAAAUCGGUGAAACUGCUAGCGCGAAGCUGCGUGUGUUCCGUCUGUGAUACGUCGAUGUCCUCCAAUGGACACUUUUGUGAAAGUUGUGGCGUUUGCUCAGACAAUGGGUGCGUCCGUAAGGCGGAUGAGAAGUUCCCCUGCAAGCAGCUUCGCAUACGUACCCGAGCGGACGAUGGUUCCACCAGCCGACACCUGUGGGUUCAGGGUAAUUUGCCACUCGGAUCGGAAUGUUGCGUGUGCAAGGAGGAUAUCGACCAGACAAGCGAGCUGGGCCUAUUCGGACAGCGGUGUGCCUGGUGUCAGCGGAUGGCGCACGACAAGUGCUUUAGCGAAGUGUCCUCGACGUUGUGUGAUUUCGGUCCGUUCAAGGAAAUGAUUUUCCCGCCGAAAUGUAUACUCGCUGCGCGCAGUAAGGUCGCCCAGAAGGUGCAUCUGACGGGAAUUAUACCACCCGAAUGGAAGGCUAAUUGGCGUCCGCUGAUCGUUGUUGCAAAUUCAAAAUCCGGCAGCAGUGGGGCCGAUCAGGUUGUGGCUCUCAUGCGUGGUAUCCUUCAUCCGCUGCAGGUAUUUGAGCUCGGUCAGCAUGGACCGCACGAGGCACUGCAGUGGGCUAUUCAUGCCGCACCGACCCGUUGUCGCAUAUUGGUUGCCGGUGGUGAUGGCACAGUAGGCUGGGUAUUGAACACCAUUUUGCAGAUGAAGGUAGAGCCACAUCCGGAGGUGGCCAUACUGCCACUCGGUACUGGCAAUGAUUUGUCCCGUGUGCUUGGCUGGGGUGCUGAAGGGCCGGACGAGUUCGAUCCGAUCGAUUACCUCACGCGCAUUGCUCAAGCCGAAACGGUACAGCUGGAUCGAUGGUUGGCGGAAAUUAAUACACACUCUAGCUUGGCAAGGUUUCAUGUGCCCGGGUUUAGCCAGUCGCGGCACUUCUACAUGUACAACUAUCUUAGCGUCGGGGUGGACGCACUGGUGACGCUGAAUUUCCACAAGGCACGAGAAAGUUCCUUUUACGUUUACAGCAGUCGUUUUGUGAAUAAGCUUCUGUACCUUUGCUUCGGAACGCAGCAAGUCGUGCAGCAGGACUGUGUUGAACUGGAGAAGCAUCUCGAUCUGUACCUGGAUGGUGUGCGCAUUGAUUUGCCUUCGCUGCAAUCCGUCGUCGUCCUUAACAUCGAUUCGUGGGGAGCGGGUGUAAAGCUGUGGGAAAUGAGCAAAAAUUCACCCACACACAGCAUUAUGAAGGAAAUUCAUAGCAUUUCCGAUGGCAUUUUGGAAGUGUUCGGUGUGGUUUCAUCCUUCCACAUUGCCCAACUGCAGGUGGGUCUCAGCAAACCGGUUCGCCUUGGGCAGGCCAAAAGCGUACGGAUUGUACUUAAGCGGACACUUCCGAUGCAGGCAGAUGGUGAACCGUGGAUGCAAUCGCCCUGUGAUAUUAAUAUUCAACACUACGGCCAAGCAACAAUGCUAAAGGACGUAAAAAAAUGAAGCGAACCCCAGUCGCUUGUAGUUUUUCCAAAACUGCCAUCGUACCGGUUGUUCGGUUUUAGCCGAACGCCAUCGAAUAGCGGUGGCCGUAUUGUUAGGAACACCACUUGAAAGAAUCUCUCGUAACUCGCUCCACGUUUUUGCCGUUGUGUUGCGGCUUUGCGUAAUUGCUGAAAGGUGCUCAGGUUGAUGUCCAUUGUUGAAUCGUGUGUAAACGGCGUGUGUGUUUGUGUGAAAUGUUUAGAUAUGUAACUUGUGCGUUUGCUUAAAAUUGAGCGCAAACCAUAUACCAGUUGUUCCCUUCGAAUGGUCCACUAUAGCCACACAAAUGAGUAACGAUAUUUAACAAAUUCAUCAUAAUUUUUUUAUAACCGUUUCCCGAUUGUUACAGCACGGGACAUCUCUUGAACUUAGUCUCUUGAACCUAAUUACUUAGUGUAUUUCCUAACCAGCGCCAACUAACUCGCAUCGUUGAACGCAACUCAAUUAGGUAUUGAUCUCAAUCACACACACACAAACAUUCACUUAACUACGACGGAAUUAUCAAGACCGUGUAAUCUCGCUGCAAAUCUAUUGCAAGAGGAAGAUUUUAUAUGCGAUCGUA